GGAGACGCGGCACCACUGUUCGCCCUCCCUCCGUCUCCGCGUGUCCACGAGGAGUCGUUCGUUCGUUCGUUGCUCCCUCCCGGCGCGGUUUCUGCGAAGGCUGCACGGGGCACUUUUGCCUUUGUCUCAUCCACGCACGCGUCGGCUCGUUCCUCUGCACGCGCGCGCACCGCACCGCACACACCGCACGCGCAAAUAGAAGCUCGCAAAACUUUCUCUCGUCUCGCCAGCCAAGCCGGUUUUUUUUGUUUUCUCCGGGAGGAGGAAAAAAAAGCCACCAAAAGCCAUGAAACAACAGCUGAGCCAUCGCGAGCAGGAGCAGCAGCAGCACGCCCAGAGAGCCCGCGUGGUGUUCUUCGGAGCAGCCGGCACGGGGAAAUCCUCGCUGAUCCGCCGUUUUCUCAGCGACUCCUUCGACCCCGUCUACAAGCCCACGGUGGAGGAGCUCCACCGCUUCAACUGUGGAACCGACGCAGCAGCAGCAGCAGCAGCAGGAGGAGGAAGAAAAGGCGAUGUAGAGUUCAUCCUGGAACUUCUCGACACCGCGGGAAGUUAUUCGUUCCCGGCCAUGCGCCGUCUCGCGGUGCGUAGCGGCGACGCCUUCGUGCUCGCCUUCUCCGUCGACGACCCCGACUCGUUCGAGGAGGUGACCCGAAUCCGCGACGAGAUCCUCGUGGAGAGAGCCACGCUCCGCGACGAGCGGCUGGCGAACGGCCACGAGGGAGGAGAAGAAGGCGGAGAUGCUGGGGAGCUCCCGCGCGCUGCGCCACGUAUCCUGGUCGUAGGCUGCAAGUCCGACAGCCGCGAGACGACCUCGACCCGUGCCGUGGCCAAGGAGGAGGCCGCAUGCGUGACGGAGCUCGAUUGGGGCCACCGCUACGUAGAGGCGUCCGCCAAAGACGGCGGCGGCGUCAUGGAGCUUUUCCAGGAGCUCGUGGGGAUGGUCAAGGGUCCCGGUGGCGACGUCCGCCUCUCGGCCGAGGCGAGGCGUGCGCAGUUCCGCAACCAGGCGAAGCGGCAACAGCAGCAGCAGCAGCAACGCAGCAAGGAGCGGCCGAAGCGAGCGGAGACCUUUCCGAAGGUCGAGGAAGCUCGGCCUCCCGGCAUCAAGAAGGCGAACAGCUGCAGCAUCUGCUAGGUGGCGAGCGACGCUGGCCUCCUCGCGCAAGGGGGGAGGUUGCGUGCGUCGCGUUGUCACGAAUAAAUCCGAAGUAAAAGCUGUUUUGAGCUUAAAUGUCACCAACUCUUUGGAGUUGAGAGAAUCGUGUAACGUGGGUGGGGUGGGAUAUUGUCCUACCGAACCACGCGCGGGCAAGCAGGUUUGUUAUUGUUGUAAAUAACACUGCCCCGUUGGUUGUUUUUGUUGUUGUUGUUUGUUGUUGUAGUAGUACGCAAUGCGUACUAUGGUUGAACUUCUUUCGCACCGUACGUAGCCGAACCGUGCGUACCACCGGGUGUCAUAGGGCGCGUUUGUUUCGCGAUGAUGAUGAUGUUGAUUAUUAUGAUUAUUAGAAAUGCCGUUUAAAUUCGUGCGUGCGCGUGCGUGUUUAUAUCUAAACACACGCGCGCGCAUUGCCUUGCGUCGUACGCUCCACGUUGGAGCAUUUUAAGUAGCGGCUGAUGUGCCUGCAACUCGUAUCGCGGUUUAGCGAAAGCGCGGCGUGUGGGUCGUGAGUAAGCGGUUCCGUGCGCGUAUCGUCGAUUGCGUUUGCAAGUGUCGCCGUUUGGUUGCGCGUCAUGGCUGAAAGAGCAAACUUGGUCCGGCCAUAAGAACGUGGAAUUUCCAGCAUUUUUCGCCCAUGAGGACGAAUCAACGGACACGCGUUUGCUACCCCGUUCAUCGUUUACGCAGGCAGGCGUGACGAUCGUUGGUUAUUAGUUAAUGUAUUUUAGUAUAUAAUGCGUUACGUUUUCGUGCGGCUUAUGGUUAAGAUCGUGUAACAAUGCCGAUUGCUUUUUUUAAAACGUACAAGUCUAACGUUCUGUUGUUCCUAAUUUAAAUUGCUUUUUAUAAUAAUCCACUGCCGGACCAAGUCCUCCCUCUCCACGCCGUGCGGGUGGUGGUGGUUGUUUGACCAUACUUCCCCACGCCGGUCAAUGGUGGUUGGGGGUGGUUGGUGAUGCGCAGGACUUGGUUCAGAUCUCAGUCGCCACCGGCGUGAGCCGUGGCCUGGGAAUCGAACUCAGGCGGUCGGUCCGGGUUUGAUAGUACAGUGGCGCUAACCGCUGUGCCACCACUCCCCCCAUUAUGUGAUAUUGUAUAUAACAUGAUUGCGUGAGCGGUUAGGUGGUUUUUUAACUUUUUUUUUUUACAAAAUAGCAUUUCGCGUACAAAAUAAACAAUGCUACACCCUUUAAGUUAUAUUUUGAGUUGAGGCUUUCGUGACUGCAGGAAUCCAUACUCUUUGCUUCUCUCGGUAAAGUAACUUAGAUAGAAAAUAAAAAAAAUCGGUCUACGUAAGGCCUCGUCCACAGCAGUCUGUUUAUUUCACCUGAAGACGAUUCGCUUGUUGUUGCGAUCGAAGCGUCGUGAUCUCUUAUCUUUAACUUAUAUCUGAAUAUAAUUUAUGUAGGUACGUGUGUAUUUAUUAUUCCAUUAUUUAUCGUAUUUAACGCGGCGAAUUGGUGUCUCUCUCUCUGUAAGAGGUGAAUAAGGCAUCGCGCAUUCGGUGAAGUGUGAUCAGUGAAAUGUAACUAUCAUGAUGAUGAUGGUGGUGGUGGUGACGGUGUCCGUGAUUUCAUUGCAAAUAAAUACUCUCCCCAAAAUGAA